AUGGAGGUAGCAUGCGUGGUUGUUGAUGAUGAUAUUUCUGGGACUUUUACGUUUGUGAGAGCUCUGGAGGAACAUGGGUACAGAAUCUUGACGGAGGAGGAGGUUGGGAGGACUUGGUUGAAUAGUGUUAUUGAACGGAGGACGGUGUUUUGGUGGGGUGGGAAUGGGGUUUCGACGGAGCAUACGGCCUAUACAAAUCUAAAACACAAAGGCCUUCGGGCUCCUGAUAGCGGAUCGAUGCAAACCAACAGCAAGACCAUCGCAGAGCAAAUCGGCGCUCAAAUCUUCAUCGAUGGCUGGGCAAUGGUAGCACCUGGGAAUCCUGCACUCGCAGCUCAACUAGCAGAAGCCGCCGCUCGCGUUAGUCACGAUGGCGAAGCAGUUUACGCCGCGAAACUGUGGGCAGCAAUGGAAGCUCAAGCCUUCAUCUCUAGGGACAUAAUCGAGCUACUUGAUCUCGGACUAUCGUUUAUCCCUACGGACUCUCUCGUUGCGAAAUUAAUCCACGAUGUCAGGACCUGGUGCCGUAAGAAUUCAGACUGGCUCGUUAUUACUCGGCAGCGCAUUGAGGAUGAGUAUGGAGACGAGGAAUUCGGUGGCGUUUGCCAUGUGAUUCCAAAUCAUGGGGUGAUGAUCAUGGCGCUGAUAUAUGGGGGUCAGGAUUUCAGCAAGGCUAUGCUGCAUAUUGUUAAUACCUGCGGUUGGGAUACGGAUUGUAAUUCUGGGAAUGUUGGGUGCUUGGUUGCUAUUAUGCAUGGGAUGGGGGCUUUUGAUGGAGAGCAUGAUUGGCGUGGUCCAAUUGCUGAUCUCGCUCUUAUAUCUAGUGCGGAUGGCGGAUAUGGCAUUAAUAAUGCUGCGCGGAUUGCGUACGAUAUUGCGGCUUCUGGAUACAGGCUUGCUGGCGAGCAGCCUCCGUACAAGACUCCGAUGGCACAGUAUCAAUUCGCUUUGCCUGGAAGCGUUCAAGGAUUCCGAGCAUGCCAGGCUUCUAAAGGAGAUGUUACGGUCCGACAAAUUACGAGGCAUGAGCAAGGUGUGCUGGAGAUUUGUAUGAAUUCUUUCUCCGAGCCUGUCUACAUUUCAACGCCCACAUUCAUACCCGCGGAAGUCCUCAAGGUCAGUCGUACCUACGACAUGGUGGCCUCGCCACUGCUCUAUCCCGGGCAAAUUCUGCGUGCGAAGCUAUCUGUUCCUCAAUCGAAAGAUCUCAAUUUCAAUGUGGGAUUCCGAUUGAUGGUCUACGACUCGAAUGAUCGACUUGUUGAGGUUGACAGCGAUUCAACAGCCGCAUUGUGUGCUGAAAGCAACCCGGCUGAGCUCUCCUGGAAAAUUCCCUUCGAACUUAUAAGCCUAUUCAGCAAGUUGGAAUUCUGGUCACACCACUCACUAGCUCGGUUAAGGACCUCCGUCGACAAAUUCUACACUUCACUGGGACCUUCAUCAUUCUACCUAUCUCAAGAUCAAGGUGAAGGACUCAUCAUACACGGAACCAGAGAAUGGAAAGACUACGCGGUCAGCGUUCGAAAAUUCGCAGUGCAUCUCGGUCAACCCGCCGGCGUCGUUGUGCGAGUCCAAGGUCUGAGGAGAUGGUAUGCUUUGCUUUUCUUACCUGGAAAGGUCGCGAUCGUGAAGGCAAGGGACGACGAGCGUGAGAACCUCGCAAUUGCGAAAUUCGAUUGGCAGGUUGAUUUCAAGUAUGAAGUGCAAGUCUCCGUGGAGGGAGACGAGAUCACUGGAAAAAUUGGCGAAGUCGUGAUCAGUGCCAAGGACGAUGAGUAUGGAGGCGGCGGUGGUGGUUUGAUUGUUGCUGAAGGUGCACUUUCUGCUGAUAGUAUCGAUGUUCAGCCAAUUUGA